AUGGCCAACAAGACUGAAGCCGCGAGGUUGAAUCAGUCCUACACAGAGCCUGAUCCAAACAACUAUUCCGCCUAUCAGCGAGAAAUAUAUAGCUCUCUACGGGCUCCUAUCUUCUCGACCAAGCCGUCUGAAUGGGAAUCCCUCGCCCGAUCAAAAGUCCCAGCUGAAAAUUUCGGCUAUGUGUACGGGUCGGCGAGCAGCGGCACCACUCAUGCUGCCAACAUUUCUGCAUUCGACCGAUACCGGAUCCGGCCUCAUAUGCUUGUGAAUGCCACCCGUCGCGACGUCAGUGUCGAGCUAUUCGGGACCAAAUAUAACAGCCCACUUCUCGUAGCCCCGGUUGGGGUGCAGAAUAUUAUGCAUGAAGAUGCUGAGGAAGCCACCGCAAAAGCUUGUCAGAAGGUCGGCAUACCUAUGAUUCUCUCCUCAGCUGCCACGAGAACCAUCGAACAAGUGGCGGCUGCUAAUGGCAAUGGCGACCGUUGGUAUCAACUUUACUGGCCCAGGCCUCAAUGGGAAGAAGUCACUGUCAGCCUGCUGAACCGAGCGAAAGCCAGCGGAUAUAAAGUCCUCGUCGUCACCUUGGACACCUUCAACCUCGCCUGGAGGCCAACCGACCUUGACACCGCAUACCUACCUUUUAUCUGGGGUGAUGGCUGUCAGAUCGGACACUCUGACCCGGUCUUCAAUCGCAGAUAUGAGCAGAUUCAGAAGAACGAUACAAGAGGCUAUGGAGAGAAAUUGGCCGAGCUCUGGGCCAUGAUGAAGAGACCGGGUUCGGCCUACGGAGCGGUACGGGUGCUGACAAACGUGUCUCUACUACAAAAGUCGAGAGCUUGGUUGGAUGUGUUGAACUCCGGGACCUACAGAGAGUGGAAGCAUCUGGAGAUCUUGAAGAAGCUGUGGGAUGGACCGAUUGUCCUCAAAGGGAUCCAGACUGUCGACGACGCCCACCGAGCUAUUGAUUACGGGAUGGAUGGUAUCAUCGUAAGCAACCACGGUGGUCGACAGUGUGAUGGCGCCAUUGCGUCUCUCGAUGCUUUGGCCGAGAUCGCCGCUGAUGAAAGGGUCAAACGAUCAAAUUUGACUCUGAUCUUUGACAGCGGUGUCCGCACCGGGAGCGAUGUGUUGAAAGCACUAGCACUGGGCGCAAAGGCAGUCUGCAUUGGCAGACCUUUCAUGUAUGGUCUCGCCAUUGCGGGACAAGAAGGGGUAGAGCAUGUCCUCAGGUGUUUACUUGCUGACACCGACAACAUGCUGGGCAAUAUGGGCAAGACAAGUGUGAAGGACCUCAAUCGGCAUGAUUUGCAGAUCAGGCCAGAAUCAAAGCUGUAG